GGAACUCUCCCUCUCGCAUCUUUUUAAUCCUCCGGCUCUCCUACCAUCAGAGACCAUCCACACACAGCUUUAGGCUCUGGCAACACGGAUAAAUAUUUUGUGCAACCACUCUUGCACCGUGUAUUUCCUGUCACCAUGAAAGCUCUCCUGGAACUCUUCUUCUUCACUCUGCUUCUUACUAUAGGUGCCUCACUGGACUGUGAAACUUGCAUGGUCUUCAACACCGACAAUAUUGAGUGCCAGAAGAAGACUUGUGAUGCUGGCCAAGAUACUUGUGUUGUUGGUGUGAGCAAAACCUCAGUAGAUGGACAAAGCAUUCUGAGCUCAGUGAAAACCUGUCAGUCUUCCGACAUCUGUAAUCUUUUGGCACCAGUUCAUAUGCAUUUUGGCAAGGAUAGGGUCAUGCAGGCAAAUGGCGACUGUUGCACAGGAGAUGUCUGUAUCACAGCCUCUCCUCAGUUGCCACCAGUCAACACCACGACCAAUGGAAAACAAUGCCCUGCCUGCUUUUCUUUGGCAAGCUGCAACCCGGAGAUGGUAGAUUGUACUGGCUCUGAGGACUACUGCUUUGAGGUGGUCACGCAACUCAUGGCAGGACAGUCUAUGAGCACCACUCUGAAGGGCUGUACUACUGAGUCUUUCUGUACUGCAAUACAAAGUGGCAAGGUGAACUUGGCCAAUAUUGGUGUUUCUCUUGCAAAAGCUGAAUGUCAGCCAGCCAGCAGGGCUGUUCCCUCAGCGUGAUCCCUAUGAGACAACAGGGUGAAGAUUCUCCUGUAAGGAACCCAGUGUGGCAACACAGCACCA